AUGAAUAUAUUGCGAAUGGAUAUAUUAUCAAGGGGAGGGACUCAAGAGAUAGAGCAUAGGGAUGGUUUUUUUAACACAUCAUUUCAAUAUGUUUUAUCAGCAUGUUUAGCAUCCUUUAUUUUUGGAUAUCAAGUUAGUGUUUUAAAUACAAUUAAAAGUUAUAUAGUAGUAGAAUUUGAAUGGUGUAGUACAAAAACGGAUACAUCAUGUGAAGACAGUAUACUUAAAAGUUCAUUUUUAUUAGCCUCAGUAUUUAUUGGAGCAGUUUUAGGAAGUGGAUUUUCAGGAUACUUAGUUAAGUUUGGAAGAAGAUUUUCAUUAAUGGUUAUAUAUAUAUUUUUUAUUUUUGUAAGUAUAUUAACAGCUAUUAGUCAUCACUUCCAUACAAUAUUAUAUGCUCGUUUGUUAAGUGGUUUUGGCAUUGGUUUAAUAACAGUAAGUGUGCCCAUGUACAUAUCUGAAAUGACUCACAAGGAUAAAAAGGGAGCAUAUGGUGUAUUGCAUCAAUUAUUUAUAACAUUUGGAAUCUUUGUUGCAGUUUUAUUGGGACUAUUUUUGGGAGAUGGGCCUAAAAUAAAUGGCAAAUCUAUAGAGUUAUCAAAUUUUGAAAUGUUUUGGUGGAGAUUCAUGUUUUUUUUACCCACAAUAAUAUCUCUUCUUGGAAUAAUUUUAUUGAUUGCCUUUUACAAAGAGGAGACUCCAUAUUUUUUAUAUGAGAAUGGAAAUAUUGAAGGUUCUAAAAAUAUAUUGAAAAAAAUAUAUGGUCCAUCAGAUGUAGAUGACGCACUUAGAGCUAUUAAAGAUGCUAUUGAUCAAAAUAAAGCAGCCAAAGAAAGUUCUUUAUCAUUAUUAAGUGCCUUAAAAAUACCAGCAUAUAGAAAUGUUAUAAUAUUAGGAUGUAUAUUAUCAGGUUUUCAACAAUUUACUGGUAUAAAUGUAUUAGUAGCAAAUUCAAAUGAAUUAUAUAAAGAAUUUUUAGACAAAAAUUUAAUAACAAUAUUAAGUGUCAUAAUGACGGCAGUUAACUUUUUGAUGACAUUUCCAGCUAUAUAUAUUAUAGAAAAAAUUGGAAGAAAAACAUUAUUAUUAGGAGGAUGUAUUGGAGUCAUUUGUGCAUUUUUACCAACAGUUAUAGCUAGGCAAGUAUGGGGUCCAACUAAGAUUGUAAAUGGUUUAUCUAUUGCUGGAACAUUUCUUAUGAUAAUAUCAUUUGCUGUAUCAUAUGGUCCAGUAUUAUGGAUAUAUUUACAUGAAAUGUAUCCUUCUGAAAUAAAAGAUAGUGCAGCUAGUUUAGCUUCAUUGAUAAAUUGGGUGUGUGCAAUUAUUGUGGUUUUUCCUUCAGACAUAAUUAUUAAGAAAUCACCUUCUAUACUCUUUAUGUUUUUUUCAGUAAUGUGUAUAAUCGCAUUCUUAUUUAUAAUGUUCUUCAUUAAAGAAACAAAGGGUGGUGAGAUUGGAACCAGUCCUUAUAUUUCUCUUGAAGAAAGACAGAAACAUAUAGGGAAAUCCAAAGUUUAA